AUGCGGGCGUUGAAAUUAUUUUGGUUGAUGACGCAAAAGAAUUUGCUGGUGAUGAGAAGGAGUUGGGUUUGGACGGGACUCGAGCUCGUUCUACCGCUCAUCAUCGGAAUCCCUGUAUCAAUACUAAUAUUUCAGGAUGAUGAUUAUUCCACUGAUAAAACCCCAAUCUAUUCACAAGUUGUCUCGCCGAGUCUUGAGUUUGGGAGUAACUUUGGAUACAGAUACGAUUGGACACUUAGAGAUGGAAUCUCAGCCACAUGGAGUAAUAAUGAUCCGUAUGCAUGGCUUGCGAGGCUGAAUCCAUCGUUGACCAACUCUUCGCCUUUACCACCAAUCACAGUUGAUGGACUUUCUUGGCUCGAUUUACAGUAUCGCGGCUGGAUGGAUAUUUUCUCCAUUUACCACACAAUCAUCGCAGCAAUCAUUCUCCCAGUAAUGAUUCACACUGGCAGAGAAAUCGGUAGUGAAAAGGAAAAUGGAGUCAAGGAUUUUCUAUCAGUGAUGGGUUUGUCGCCAUUCAUUUUCAUCAGUUCUCAUGUGUUUAUCGGAUGGAUUAAAGGGAUCAUCGUGGUCACAGCCGCUUGUAUCGUGCCGGCGAUGAGAUUGACGAAUGGACUCGUCUCGAUCAAUGUCUUCUUUUUCUUUCUUCCAAUCUAUUUAUAUGUUCUGGCAGCUGUGGUGAUGUCAGCAACUGUUGCCAGCGUUUUCAAUACUUCAAAUAGCACGAUUCGGGUGAUCACAAUCGUUCAUCCAUUGCUCGUCUUUCUAAGUGUUCUCGAUCAAACAACACCGUCUAUUUAUAAUCCAUGGCUUUCCACAGUGGCUUCUCUGAGUUACAAUGGUUGUCUCUCAAGGGUCUUCAAUGCUAUUCAAAGCUAUCUCUAUCGAAAUCGUGCUCUUUCAUUUGCUGAACUCUUUGAACAAACAAAAUACAUUUUCAAUAUCGGACCCGCGAUUUGCAUGUUGCUUUUUGACAUCUUUUGGAUGAGCCUUAUCAUAAUUGGUGCUGAAUUUUACUAUAAAUCAACAGAUUUCUCACUUUUUACUUUCUUCAAACGUAUCUUUUCGAGAGGUAAUAAAAUUCAUCAAGGAAAUAUUGAUGAAGUGAAAAAACUCGAGAACAGUCAUGAGGAAAUCGAUAAAAAUUUGGAAGCGGAUAUUGUAGUGGAAAAUAUGACAAAGAUUUGGGGAUCGACUGGCGAUUUCGCGGUACAAGAUAUGAAUUUGAGAGCAAGAAGAGGAGAGGUGACCGUCCUUCUUGGGCACAAUGGAGCCGGGAAAAGCACGACUUUCUCUGUCAUUUGUGGAAUCACUCCACAAACUUCCGGCAUUGUCAAGGUGAAUGCUCAAAGAGUUGGAUAUUGUCCUCAAGGAAAUGCUCUCUUCGAAAGGCUGACCGCCAUGGAACAUCUAUGGUUCUUUCAUCAAGUUAAAGGAGCAAAAAAUGAUUGGAAAAUAGAAGGAGCACAAUUGUUGGAAACACUUCAAAUGGGGGAGAAGAAAAAUACGAACUCAAUGGCUUUAUCCGGUGGUAUGAAAAGAAAACUUUGUUUAGCAAUGGCACUAAUUGGAGAUUCAAAAGUUGUAAUGUUGGAUGAACCGACGGCUGGAAUGGAUACAGGAGCACGACAAGAUGUACAAAGAAUGUUGGAUAUUGAGAAAAAGAAUAGAACAAUCCUUUUUACAACUCAUUAUAUGGAUGAAGCAGAAUCACUUGGGGAUCGGAUAAUAAUAAUGGUUCGUGGAAGAGAUGUCGCAUCGGGAAGUUCGCAAUUCUUGAAAAGGAGAUUUGGAACAGGAUAUGUGCUGACAAUUGUAAUGGAGGAUAAGAGUUUGCGAGAGAGUAGCGGGCUAGACAUACUCAAGGAAGUGAAACUAUUCGUAUCUACCGCAACAUUGACACGUUUUCAUGGGAAACAAAUUGAAAUCACCCUCCCGCAAGAGAGCCAGGCUGCUUUUUCAAAGCUUUUUGCUCAUCUCGAAGACUCACAAAAUCUUUUCGGCGUCUCAUCUUUUGAGUUGGUGAAAUGGCCGAACAUGGAGAAGAUGGAAGAGACGCCAGAAAAGAGAUGUUUGAUUCAAAACUUGAUGAAAGAACAACAAGUGCAUAAAGCUGAGUUCUCUGAGAUGGGCACAAUGAGAAUGUUCAUUGCGGGAAAUCCAGAAAACUCUCCGUAUUCAUCGAUCAUUGAUGAAGCUGCAAAAGCCAAGAAUAUCAAGGUAGAUUGU